GUAUUUUGGUUGGUGAGGGCUAUUACAGAGAAUUUGUUACUCUGAUGCUGCUUCGAACGACGUAAAGGUGGUGGAUAUAUCGAUCUAGUGAGGGCCGCUUGUUGUCAAUAUGAUCCACGAUCCGGCGAAUGCAUUCACUGGGGCUUCUAGUGCCUCUGGUCGAGCCAUGUGGAAGAGGCAAGUUGCCAACCAACAAUCGAGGGAGAGCUCGGACAGUGGCGGUGACGCGACAUUGGCUCGUAUUUCGCUGCCCUCGGGCGAACAGAUCCACGACAUAAGCAAGUUGUACCUAAAGCAUUGCAUCAAGGACGAGCAGCGAUCCGCUCAUCGUAUCAACCAGGAGAAGGCUCGUUCAGCACGCGAAGUUAGAUCCACUGGAAGUGAUCGACGGCCUCUUGACCCAGAGUACAGUCUUGCUCGGAAACUAACGGAUGUCCCGGAUGUGAUGUACAACACGGAUUGUGGAUCGAAAAAGACACUCCAACGGCAUGUUGAAGACGGAUCCAAUACUUGCCGAGGAGCCUUUAGCUCUACGAAAGACCGGUUUGCUAGUACGGCAGCAUAUCGCUCGUCCACGUUUGCUAGUGUGGUGAAGGAACCUUACGCAGACCCACAAGCCGUUGGGCCGGGAACUUAUCGAGCACCUCGUCGUGCUAUCAACGUGAAGAAGAAACAGGUUCCUACUCCAGCGUACGUUAGUAAGGCGGCACGAUUCGAAGAAGCGAAAGCUCAAGUCACCGCAGUGCUGGCACUGGUGAGUCCUACAGCUAACUCGCCAAAAGAACGAGAUUUCAUGUUUGCCAGCAGCCCACGCGGUGCCGGAGGUGGUGGCCACUCUCCACCUGAUAAAGUCCGUGGACCCGUUCUCUCAACUACACCUCGUUUUAAAUCGGGCGUGUUCCCAGAACGGUAUGUAUCUUCAAGACAACACCGCAUUCAGGACGACACACCAGAUCGGUUCUACGACGUUAGUCCGUCCUGCAAAUUUUCAAUGAGCGCUGCUGUUGCCAGCUCAAGUUUCAAGUGCUCUACCAUGCAAUCACGCGCGAGUCGACUUUCAUCUGUACGUGAAAUUUCACUACUUGAAAUCGCCAAAUUUUUAAUGUGGCAAUUGCAGGAGGCGGCAAUGGUCCACAACACGCCCAAUUUCCCGAUCUUGACUAGCCCGACAAAGGAAACAGUCGGCCCAGGAGCAUACAGUCCCUCGUCCAAGACCAGGCCGCCCGAAGAUGUUAAUUUCAUCAUGAUGCCGCACCAGACGGACCGCUUCGGCCUGCCUUCCCCCAAAUCCAGCUUCAUCGAGGCUCGCUUCCGUCGCUUCGCAGUGGACCCAGAUCCCCCUACGCCACACCGUCCACCUCCCAGAUAAAGGAGACCAUUACUCUUCUUCAACUGUGAAAAUUAAACAAGACAA